AUGUUAUUGUUUGGUGUAUCGGCCGGGGGUGAGAUUGCAGUGGUGGCCGACAUGACAAACAACUUUACGGCCACAGUGUUUGCCAUCGGGAAUACCAUAGCGUUUACAACCGGUGUUAUAACACCACUCGUUGUCGGGUAUAUACUGGACGCCAGCGAUCAAACCCGACGGCAAUGGAGUUAUAUUUUCUAUAUGUCCGGUGCCUUAAAUAUAUUGGGAGGACUUGUGUUCGCCAUUUUUGGAUCAGCAAAACGGCAGGACUGGGAUAUGGAUGAGUCUAUUGAGACGGAUGAACGCUCUAUAACCAGAAUUUAA